CGGGGACCGGCGGGCCAGCCUCCACUGGGGUUGAAUCCAGUGCAAAACGAAAGCUCUGGCUCUGCAGUGUUACUGGAUUUGAAACGGUAGAAUUACUGUUCAUUUCGGGGGCUUCAGAUGGAGGUAUUUCCUGAAGUCAGAGCAGUCAUUGAUUUAAACAUCUUCAAGGACAAGGCAAAUGAGGCAUUGACCAUCAUUCAAUUAGGCAAAUCAUUUGAAAAAUGUCAGAAUUGUGUAAAUAGUUAUGCAGUUAUUGAUUCAUUUGAAAAGAUUAAUGAAAUUCACACAGAAUUAUUGAAACUUAAAAUGAGGCCGUCUAAAGCAGAACCUGUGAGGUCCUCUGGAGCAAAAUCUGCCAGGCCCUCUGGCGCGGAGUCCGCCAGGCCCUCUGGCGCGGAGUCCGCCAGGCCCUCUGGCGCGGAGUCCGCCAGGCCCUCUGGCGCGGAGUCCGCCAGGCCCUCUGGCGCGGAGUCCUCCAGGCCCUCUGGCGCGGAGUCCGCCAGGCCCUCUGGCACAAUGACUUAUGCAUCUAUGACCUCUCCUGAUGGUGGGAUGACCGUAAAUGAAACAAUUCUGAAUUACAUUGAAGUGAUUUAUGCGAAUGACCUACAAAAAAUGGAGAGAGAUUUUGAUGUUGCCAGAAGGAAGACCACUUCUCAUUCCGAUCAGGUUCACGUCCAGUUUAUACAAAAGAAGAAUGGUUUACCAUCCUUAGCCGCAACAGAUAAAUUUUUGUCUCUGUAUCAAUCAGUUGCUACAAAUUUAAAAGUGGAAUUCGUAAAGCAUCCACGUGGAAGAACAAUAAAAAAAGACUUUGAAGAAUUUUUGCAAAUGAAAUUUCCCAAAGUCUUGCUUAUUGAUAAGGAUACAGAGUUUGUUAUAUUUGGAGAUCCCACUGAGGUGAAGAAGGUCAAGCCUUUAUUGAAUGAUCAACUCAACCUAUUUGAUACCUACGAAAUGCCCGAUAGUAUAAAUACAAGUCGGAGGCCACCUUUAACAUCGGAAUACAAAUCAAAUUCAAAUUCAGCUACAGCAAGAAGUAAACUCGAGUCUAAAGAUGAGGACACAACCUGUCCAAUUUGCUUAGAAGAAAUAGAAAAUCGUGAAACCUUAAAAAAAUGUAAACAUUCAUUCUGUAAGGAAUGCAUAAAUGUGGCUUUUAAAACCAAGUCUGCCUGUCCUAUAUGUGGAGAACUGUAUGGUGAAAUAAGAGGCAAUCAGCCUGAGGGUGGCAGGAUGACUUACAAGACCUUGUCGAUGCAUCUUCCUGGUUAUGAAAAAUUUGAAACAAUUGAGAUACACUAUGCAAUACCAGAUGGCAUCCAGGGGGUAGAGCAUCCUAACCCUGGGCAAAGAUAUUAUGGUACAGCACGUACUGCUUAUCUACCAGACAAUCCUGAAGGGAAAAAGGUGUGCAAACUGCUACGGCGUGCCUUUGAUCAAAGACUGAUCUUCACUGUUGGAACAUCUAGCACUACAGGGAGAAGUAAUGUGGUAACGUGGAAUGAUAUUCAUCACAAAACGAACACGAUGGGAGGACCAUCAAUGUUUGGGUAUCCUGAUCCAACCUAUCUGGCUCGUGUGCAGGAUGAGUUGAAGGCCAAAGGCAUAUACUGAAAUACACUAAUGCAAUAGUCAAGGAAAAUACUGCUGCGUAUUCUAAGAAUUACUGCUUUUUGUGGGUUUAAAACAGUUUGAUUAAGGUUAUACGUAUUCAGUGCAUAACGACCAUUAUUGUUCAGCUUUACCAUGCAGCAUAAAUAGUUUAUGUAUUGUCUUUUUCAAAAUGCAUAAAUGUAUGAAUAAUCAUAUUUCAAAAUACUGUAAUUUGAUUUUUGCCCAAUAGAUGUACAAGAAAUUCACUUAUGUUCCAUGUGUCAAAUUUUUACUGUAAUAUGGUUUCAUAUGUAAAUCUAAUGGUGUGUAUUUUAUAUUGUUGCAGCUAGUAGGUCUGCAGUGGCUAGUGUCUUAUCAUUCCCAAUUGUGAAGGCAUUUCUCUAUUUUGGGUCCAAUUACAAAAUCCUUGGAUUCAACUUCAGUGCAUCUUCCCAAGUUUUUGUAACCAAGGGCAUUCUAGUUUCUACUGAAAAGGGGAAGGGAAGCCAAUUGAAUCAACAGUACAAACAGAGGUGUAAGGGAGAGAAAAACAGAGAAAUAAAACUACACCAAAAUAGCUAUGGAAAUUCUCUUGAGUUUUUAUUUUGCCUUCCCGGUCUCUGCUGCGCUCACUGUUGACUCAUUCAGUCGUUUGGAUCUUCCUUUUACCCCAGAGAACUCAUAAAAUGACAAUCUGUGAAUUAGCACAACACAGAUGCUUCUACGUAGAUCUCCAAACACAGAAAGAGACAGUAAAGAAAUAAAGAAUCACACCAAGAAAGGGUUAGAAAAGAAUCAAGGAAAGGCACUCUAUAGUAAAAGAAAAAUAAUAAUGGCAAAAAAUUAUACACUUUAAGGCAUUUUCCUCUGGUACCUUGCUAUCACUAGUGUAACUUGGAUACGAUUAGCUUAACUUUUCAAUUAACCAUAGGUAUAAUUUUCCUGAGAGUUUGCUUUUCUUUGCAUAUUCAAAACCAUGAGAAGAAAUUGCAUUCUACCAAAUUAUGAUCUGCAAACUGGUGUUCAAAAAGUUAAAUGUUCAGGAGUAGUUGUUACUCAGUGUGACCAGCAAUGAUUUUGUGCAGUACACCAAUAAGAUUUUACAGCAACCAGGAAAUUUAUAAAACAUCUGGAACAACUUCACAUCAAUUAUAAAGCCAUUUUCAUUUUGAGGUUCCAUUUAUCAAUUUCACAUUAAGUAUGUGGUAUAUAUUUCUUCUAUCAUUGAGUUUAGUGAUGCCACAUUUAACUGGAACAAUAGUUAGCUGUUUAAGACAGUACACAAACUUCAAGGUCUGUCUUGCCUUUCUGGUUUAUAAAUGUUCAACUACUAGAUUGGGUUACUGCCUUGAACUUGCUAUUCUAUUAGUCUGUAUAGUCUGGUUUCAAGUAAUGUCCAUAACCUUUUGUUAUGCUGGUAGAAAAAUGGGUAUUGGAUUAUAGAGUAUUGUCUUUGAAAUGCUGUGCGAUAUUAUAGAACAAGCACCUGAAGCAAUAUCAAAAUCCUUGGUCUGCUAUUUUAACUGGCCUGUAUUUGACCAGAGUAGUUACCUUAAUAUCUGAUUGUGGUAUCCUAAUGUACUCAUUUCCAAUUUGGAAGUUGCAACAGCUUGCUUAAUGUUGAAAUUCUGUCCAUGGCUGAACCUUUUAAAAUAAACUUAAAUUAAAAUAA